GUUUCAAUGUGUGGGAUACACUUGUAUGAUCUUAAGAGAUUGCUGUUCCCAGUUUGAGGACAAACAACUGAAUGGAUGGAUGGUAGCGUCGGCUGCUUUAGACGAAAGUUUUAGCAAGUUAUGCAGGAGAGGAAUGGAUUUAAAAGGCAAACUGUUCCACCAGUGAAUUAUUCAGUGCAUUUUCAAAAGGACCCGAUAGACGUCUUGCUGUGUUUUUAGAAAUGCCUUUAUCAAUCAUUUCAGUCCGGGAGAAUGGAUUUUAAUGGAUAUUGGAACCACUCACUGUGCAACAGUAGAGUACCGCGUUAGCUGAAAUACCGUUUGAAUGAACAGGGAUUGUUGUUUACUUAUUUGAGGUGCUGGCGUAGUAUGCAAGGAGUGACAUAUAAACAAAACUGUUUUACGGGCUGCUACACUGUCAUUUUUAUUACUAUUACUGGAAGAAAAACGGGUGAGAUUUAACCACGUUGUGAAUUAAAAGUUGAAGAGCACCCUUAUCUCGCACAACCUGGAAAACUCGGAUUCAAUGACACAUCUGGAUUCAAAUUGAGUGGACUGGAAUUUCCCACCUUUUCAAUCUGCAACGCAUCAUGAUCAUUUGAGAGCCGAAAAAAUAAAAACACUGGCGAAUAAAUAUAAAAGUUAUCAAUAACAUCUCAAACUGAUCUUUUUAACAACUAGAAAUACCCUCUCCCCCUCGCUUAAGGUUACUAUGGACAAGAACUGUAUAGCUUACCAAAUGGAGUUGUCACUUUUGGUGGUAGCCCUCAUAUCUUGGGUCUCGGUGUGGGCGGACGAUAGCAAGGUGAUUUCUGACAGAUACGCGGUCUACUGGAACAGCACAAAUCCCAGGUUCCUGCGUGGAGAGUACACAGUAGAGGUGAGCAUCAAUGACUACCUGGACAUCUACUGCCCGCACUACGAGGACCCCCUGCCCCAGGAGCGCAUGGAGCGCUACAUCCUCUUCAUGGUUAACUACGACGGCUACACCACCUGCGACCACCGCAUGAAGGGGUUCAAGCGCUGGGAGUGCAACCGGCCUCAGAGCCCUAACGGACCCCUCAAGUUCUCUGAGAAGUUCCAGCUCUUCACCCCCUUCUCGCUUGGGUUCGAGUUCCGUCCAGGCCACGAGUACUACUACAUCUCUUCUCCUCACCCCAACCUUGUCGGGAAGCCUUGCUUGAAGCUGAAGGUGUAUGUCAAGCCUACAAAUGACUCUGUGUACGAGUCCCCGGAGCCCUUCCUGACAGAUGACAGCACAGGCGGCUGCUGUGUGGCUGCCCCAUGCCUCUCGCUCAUGCUGGCCAUGCUGCUGAUGCUGCUGGCCUCCUCAUAGCAUCGUUGCCCUAUAACCCCCCCUCCCCCCCUCUAUGGCCCCUGCACUGCGCCCUCCCACCCGCUCUGCCUCCCCCCUUCCUCCCGCCUUGGGGACAUCCCUCCAGUCACCCUCACUCCACAGCAAGCCCACACUGCUCAUACUCACCAGAGCCCUGCCGCCAGACUGCUGAUGCUGAUGCUCCCGUCGACCUCCAACCUCCACACGCAGCUCAACCCCAGCGGGCCAUUAUGGACAGCAGCCAUCAGGGGCAGCGCGAGACGGCCUGUUGAAGACGCUCCCCACAUCCCUGCUCUCGCGUUUUUGAUGGAUAGCUGUGCAGUGCAGCUAGAAGAAAUUAUCGAUUUCAGAGCCCCACCCAACACACUCCAUAUAGCCUGUGUUUUAUUCCUUUGAAUCCUCUCCACUUCUACUCCUCUGAAGGCCCUCUCUCGUGAGCACCUUCUUUUCAUUUUAGUUUUUAAAGUUGUCAUUCAUUUCAGUCUUGGACUGUGUCCACACGUACAACAGUGUUCUGUAAUUGUGUGUUGUACCUUUACUUUUCAGCAGUCACU